AUGAAGGUAUUUGCUAUUCUUUUGCUUUUUGUGUGCAUUGCAUCAGCAUCUGCCGAAAUAGCGUAAGUUUCAAGAUGCAAUUUUAUUGUAAACUAAACCUUUCCUAAUUUCAUGUGCAAAAGUUAAUUUUUUUAACCACAUGAACUACAUACUAGUGAGUCAAAAAAUAUGGUGCCUUUAGUACUUUUGAAAUUCCAUCUCUAAUGACACUGCCAUUUUAGACUGCUACGUAACAAACGUCAAUUUGGACGCCCACGUGAAACCGUCACUGUCACUGAAACCAUUACAAGUCGCGGCGGUGGUCCAGGACCAUACAACCGUUUCGGACCUCAACCACCACGAGGACCAUAUGGACCAGUUGGAGGACGUUCUGUUGUUCAAGAAACAAUUACUCGUACCAACUUUGGAAGAAAAUAA